AUGAUCGGUUUCGCUGAAUCCCACUGUGAUGAGAGUGAAGGGAGGUGGUGGUGUUGUGUUCAAAGGGUGAAUAUUAACUGGGAAUUAGUCGCUUCUAUCGAGGGAGUUUGCCCCCAAAACACCAACGCGACAGUGAAGAGGGAGGGCGGCAGAGACGACCAGGAGGGCUGCAACAACGCAAAACAACCGCAACGCUAUGAAAUGGACAACAAGAAGGACGGGGAAGUACAGAAACUGCUGAAUAUUAAAUUGAGAGGAGAGGGUCGAGGUAGCAAGUUGCUGCGAGGCGGCAGUGGGUGGAGCGUCGUAGUAUUCAAGUCGCAGUGGGGAGGAGGAGGAAGAAAGAAGAAGAGGUUGAUGAUUUGAUGAUGGAUGAAGGUUUGAGGCUGUAGUCGUCGAGGGCUGGGCAAAAAAGAACAGAACAGGGCAGAACAGACACACGCACACGACACACGACACACAAAUAAGUAGUUUAGUAGUUAGUAGUUUCUAAUAACUACAACUGACACGGACGGACAGAGCGCUGGCUGGCUGGCUGGGGCUGUAGAGCCGCCAAGACCACGGGGCUGGAGGAGGGCUG